AUGGAGAAAGACCUUCCCAUCUCACCGCCAGCCACGGUAUACUCCUCCCCGAUCAAAGGGGCCAGGGUUUCUGACACCUCCAUCGAUGAUGUGACACCCGUCGAAGCGCCCCGGGGGAAACAAACCUGGAAGUCAUACUUGUGGGACACGCUCGACAAAGACCCCAUUGAGCGCGCGUUCCUCUUCAAGCUCGACGCGGCGAUGCUGAGUCUCGCCGGGUUUGGCUUCUUUAUCAAAUACCUGGACCAGCUCAACAUCAGCAACGCCUUCGUAUCGGGCAUGAAGGAGGAUCUGGGCCUCUAUGGCAACCAGCUGAACUACAUGCAGACGCUGUGGACGGUCGGAUACGUGCUGGGAGCUAUUCCAUCAAACCUACUCCUAACACGCGUUCGGGCCUCGAUAUACAUCCCAUGCAUCCAGACUGUCUGGUCCGCCCUGACUAUGUGCAUGGCGGCCUGCGACACGAUCAAGCCCAUUUACGUGCUGCGGUUCCUGAUCGGCCUCGCAGAGAGCGGCUUCUACCCGGGUGUCCAGUAUCUGAUCGGAUGUUGGUAUCGACGCGACGAGUUGGCCAAGCGGUCCUGCAUAUUCCACACCUCCAGUGCCCUCGCGGGCAUGUUCAGCGGCUAUCUGAUGGCGGCGGUCUACCAUCUCGAGGGAAGGGGGGGACUCCGCGGAUGGCAGUGGCUGUUUAUCGUUGACGGGUGCAUCGCUGUGCCCGUCGCAGUAGCAGGCUAUCUGUUCUACCCGGACGUCCCGGAGACGUGCCAGGCCUUUUAUCUCAGCAAAGCCGAGAUCGAACUGGCUCAAACGCGAAUGCUUCUCGAAGGACGCAGCGGUCGCCAGCCGUACACGUGGACCAAGAUCAAGAAGAUCUUCCAGUCGUGGCACUUUUACGGCAUCGUCAUCAUGUUCACCAUCUUCGUCAACAACAACGCGAUCCCGCAGCCGUUUUUCUCGCUGUUCCUCAAGGACUCGCAACAUCCGAAAUACACCAUCACGCAGAUCAACGCGAUCCCGUCGGCCAGCGCGGCGGUGCAGGUGGUGACGACGCUCAUGUACGCGUGGAGCUCCGACACGUUCCUGCACGGGGCGAGGUGGCCGCCCAUCAUCGCGGCCAACCUGGUCAACAUCGUCAUCUACAUCAGCCUGGCCGUGUGGGACGUGCCCAUGGGGUGGAAGUGGACGUGUUUCAUCCUGGUGGGCGCGGGCGGCGGGCUCAGCGGCCUGUGCUACGCGUGGGCGCACGAGAUCUGCACCCACGACAACGAGGAGCGCGCCUUCGUCACGGGUUCCAUGAACGAGUUCUCCUACGCCGUCCAGGCCUGGCUCCCCCUGCUGGUGUGGAAGCAGGUCGACGCUCCGCGCUACGAGAAGGGCUACAUCACCUGCGCCGUGCUGAGCGCCGCCAUGAUUGUGAACGCCAUGGUCGUUCGACACCUGCAAAACAAGGAGCUUGGAGCGAAGCGCGUUCAGCAGGGUGUGUGA